AUGCGCUCGCGCGGUGUCCUUGGUUUCCUCCUCCCACCACCAUCGUCAGUCGCCAACAUCGCUACCUUAUCAAUGGACGCGUACUUUCGUUGCGCCAGUCGCUCGCGCCAGUGCGAAUGCUCUUUUCUCUCUGGGCAACAUCGGCGUGGGCUGCUUCAAGAUGUCGACGUACCGUAUUACGAGGAGGUCGUUCGCGGCCACAUCCACCCCGCAACUCUUCUUGUGGAUCAGCAACCGCCACCUUCGCCUGAUCUCACGCGCGCCCUUCCCCCGCACAAGUCCGUUCCCCAAUUCCAACUCAUCAACCCAGGCACCGCGAGCUCUUGCAAUGUGUCGUCCGCGCCUACGCCCUUCAGUGUUAUCGUCGAGCGAUCCCCAUCUCCCGCACUCACUACCGCGUCCCACGUCUCCGAUCAGGAGUUACAGGCCGGGGUUGCUAUCAUCGACUCCACGCGCUCACGCGCCACGUCCUUCGGGUCGGUCACGCCUGUAUCGACUCAAGCCCCCACCCUGCCCCCGCUCAUUUUCCAACCGUCCAUUGAGCGCGUUGCGUACGAAUGUCUGGCCUCUCUAUCUCCACCACCCGUCCCUCCUUCAGGGAUCGAAGAUCGUAGGGACACUUCCUGUGCCAUCGACAACACGGAGCUCCCAAUAGCCGCGAAGCGUGCAAAUGCUUAUCCGUCCGCCACCGCUGUGAAUACGGACAACACACGUGCGCCUUCGACGGAUCGCACGGAGUUUUUGAACACACCCUUCACGGCGACGCAUGAGGCGGAUGUCAUAGCGUAUCCAGAGCCCGUGCACCGCAACCCGGCCAGGCGUCGGGCGGCUUCGAAGGUCCACGUGCGUUUGCAACCCAGCGCGACCUCUCAGGCGAAUGUGUAG